AUGGCCGCCAAGAUAUCAGACGAAGAACUCCAGGAAAUCUACGCAUUUGCGUUGGAUUUGGGGAGGAGGGCUGGUAAGAUAUUGAUGGAGGGAGUAGAGAAAAGAUGCGAAGGUGAUGAAGGGGGGAAAGAGGAGGAAAAGAUGAAUGCCGUGGAUAUUGUUACGCAGACCGAUUUGGAUGUUGAAGCAUUUGUCAAGCAUGAGAUAUUAAGUCGAUACCCCUCCCAUAAGUAUAUACCACCAUCUUCUCCACCACUGCCCCAGCUCACAAACCUCAGGUUCAUCGGAGAAGAAAGCUAUUCCAGCGGCUCCUCCAAACAAUACCUCGUCACCUCCUCACCCACCUGGAUUGUCGAUCCUCUGGACGGCACCGUAAACUACACGCAUCUCUUCCCCAUGUUCUGCAUCUCCAUCGCCUUCUGCAUCGCCGGCAUCCCUACCAUCGGCGUCAUCUACGCUCCUGUUCUCGAUGUAUCCUAUUCGGCCUUAGCGGGCCACGGCGCGUGGGAAAAUGAUCACGUGGGUGCGAGCGAUGCCGUUGCGGCUAGUGGUGCUAGUUUUGACGCUGGGAGUUUGAAACGGAAGAGGAGAUUGCCGUAUGUGAAGGGGAAACCGCUGGGCAAAGAGGCGCCGAAGGGUUGUACGUUUAGUUGUGAGUGGGGGAAGGAUAGGAGGGAUGUGGAGGGGGGGAAUCUAAGGAAGAAGAUUGAAAGUUUUGUUAAUUUGGCGAGUGAGGUUGGGGGGAGGAGUGGGAAGGGAGGGAUGGUUCAUGGGGUGAGGAGUUUGGGGAGCGCAACGAUGGAUCUAGCCUACACUGCAACAGGGGCUUUCGAUAUUUGGUGGGAAGGUGGAUGUUGGGAAUGGGACGUAGCUGCAGGAAUCUGCAUCCUCCGCGAAGCCGGCGGUCUAAUAACCACCGCCAAUCCCCCCGCCAAUCCCGAAACCGAUCCGAUUGAAGAAGUGAGCUUGGGUAGUCGAUUGUAUUUAGCCAUCCGACCAGCAGGCGACACGCCCGAAGAAACAGGAAGACAGCAACAAGAGAGAGUCGUGCGAGAAGUAUGGAAGCGAGUUGAAACAUUGGAUUAUAAGAGACCGGGGGCAUGA